CUGUAGUCUGCUCUGAGUGCUCUGCGCGCAACAGCAACGCCGCGCCGCGGCCCCGACCAGGAAGUGAAUUUGAAGAAAAUAAGCGACUGUGGAGGUAGAAUGACAUAGAGGGGGAGAGGUGGGAAAGAAGCAAGCGGAGAAAGAAGUGACUAAAGGAGGGAGGGAUCGACCCUGUUUCUGGACCUGGAUUAACCUGCUCCCCUCCUGGAUAUACUGCACCGCCAAAAAAUGCUCAUAAAGGAAUUUCGAGUGAUUCUUCCUAUCUCUGUGGAAGAGUACCAGGUCGGCCAGCUGUACUCUGUGGCUGAAGCCAGUAAGAAUGAGACGGGUGGAGGAGAAGGAGUGGAGGUGCUAAAAAAUGAGCCCUACGAGAAAGAAGGAGAGAAGGGACAGUACACACACAAAAUCUACCAUUUGCAGAGUAAAGUGCCAUCAUUUGUCAGAAUGUUGGCUCCAGCUUCAGCUCUCAACAUCCAUGAGAAAGCUUGGAAUGCGUACCCAUACUGUCGCACAGUUAUCACUAACGAGUAUAUGAAAGAUAACUUCCUGAUCAAGAUUGAGACAUGGCACAAACCUGACACGGGACACCUCGAAAAUGUACACGGUCUGGAUGCAGAAACCUGGAAGAAGGUGGAUGUAGUUUAUAUUGAUAUUGCGGACAGAAGCCAAGUGGAGCCAAAGGACUACAAGCCGGAGGAGGACCCUUGCAGGUACAAGUCAGUGAAGACAGGACGAGGCCCUCUAGGACCAGACUGGAAGAAAGAACUUCCUAAGAAGACAGACUGCCCACACAUGUGUGCCUACAAACUGGUCACGGUCAAAUUCAAGUGGUGGGGCCUGCAAAAUAAAGUGGAGAGCUUUAUUCAAAAGCAAGAGAAGCGUUUGUUCACUAAUUUCCACCGUCAGCUGUUCUGCUGGAUCGACAAAUGGAUCGACUUGAACAUGGAAGACAUCCGUCGCAUGGAGGAGGAGACUCGCAAGCAGCUAGAUGAGAUGAGAGUGAAGGACCCAGUGAAAGGGAUGGUGGCUCUAGAGGACUGAUGUUGUGAUGAACCGUGAAUACUGGUGCUCAUCAGACCAGACUAUCCAGACACCAGCGGAUUCACAUUCUUAUUCUAUUCCAACUGACACAACAUCUGACCGGCCGGUCCAAUUUACCCCCCACCCCCGAUACAAUCUGGCUUUCAGGGACCUGGACCCAGUAAUCUCCCAGUUUUCAGAUGAUCUCCUACACCACAUCCCACCUCCCUUGAGUCCCAUCCAUCUCUUAUUUGUUUUUCCAUCCAGUGUCUUAUUACCUGCUCUGAGGCCUCCAGGCCUCCACACUAGAUCUUGUCAGUCAGUCCUCUCUUUCGCUCUCUCAGACUCUAAACUACAGAGAAUAGUAUUAUCUCUGCAAUUUAGGAUUGAUUUCUAUUUAAGAUAUCCCUAUGGUGUAUAUAUACAGUAUACCGUAUAUCGGGGAGCGGAAUAAUUGUAUUGAAAUAUAUAUAUAUACAGUAUAUAUAUAUAUAUAUAUAAAUAUAAAUAUAUAUGAACAGGGUUUUUAAAAGGAUUUUGUCUGUAAGUAUGUCUGUGGAUGUUUAUUUUUUCAAGUCCAACCUGUAGCCUAUCUGCUCAGUUUUGAUCUUGUCUUUUUUGAUUUGUCAUAAUACCUCUUUUCUGCCAUUUAUGUCAUGCUUUAUGCAGUGUUUCUUUUUGCUGUUCAAACCAAUCUGCGAGUCUACAAACCGCAGCUGCAAGGUUGGGAUUGUGCUGAGAGUGUUAUGUUGUCUCUGCUAUACUCCUGACCAACUAGAUAGGAUUUCUUUCAAGUAUUUCUCUCAAUGUCGUGAGGCAUUCAUUGGCUUUUCUGCUGCUUUGUAUGUUUGUGUGUAUAUCUGUGUGGGUGCGUGCGUACGUGUGUGCGUGUGUGCAUGUGUGCGUGCAUGCGUGCGUGCAUGCGUGCGUGCAUGCGUGUGUGCAUGCUUGCGUGUGUGUGGGCGUGCAUGUUUGUGUGUUUCUGUAGCAUUGUAAGGUCAUCAAGGUUUCCAACCAUGUUUUUCAUUUUCCUCUUUCAAGACUUAAACUUUUCAAGUUUAAUCUGGCUGUUUCAACAGUGAUUUAAAUAUACAGUAAUGCACACACAGAGAUAGUAUACAUGGAUGUAUCACUUUGUAAAGGGAAAUGCACAAUAGAUCAGCCAUAAAUGAGUCUUUAUUUUUUACAGACUUUACAGAUGACUCUGUGAUUUUAACAUUAGAGGCCAUCAUGAACACACAGCUCCUCCUGCUCCUUGUAGAUAAAUAAAUGGUUCUUUGAAAGUAAAAUGUAAUGUGAUCUGCAUCAGUUCUUGCCCUGUCACCCAUUCUGUCACCUCCAGUGGAUAAAUGGUCUUAUCCAGCGAUAGCAAUAACUAUCAUGACACGUUGGUCUCUCCUUUUUAUCAUCACAAAUCUAAUCUCACUCUAGUGUUUGGUCCUAUCCUAAGAACAGUUUUAGUAAAGCAGAGCCCAAGCUGAAAGCCAGGGAUUGUUAAGAUGUUGAUUAUUUUUUAAUAAAUGCGGGUUUUAUUGUGUUUGUCUUUGGAUGAGGCAGAUUUGUCUCCUGCUGGAGACUGAAGCCUGGUAUUUGUGAUAGUUUUUAGGUUUUUUGGUAUAUGCAUGAGUGUACAUGAGUGAUGUAAAGUGGGGGUCUUUGAAGUGAUCUGAUGCUGGCUGGGUAAGGAAGAACGGAAGCAAUGGUGCUAGAGUAGUGAUAACAGCAGGCAUUAACCUUCCUCUUGUUAACGUCUGUUUGGCCUUCUUUGUACUCAGUUACUUUUUUACUUUCCUCUUUUCCAUCUUCUGUUUACUUUCCCCUACACAUCUUAUAACAGCGUGAAAACUUUAAAGAUAAAGAAACAGAUCAUGUCUAAACCAUUUUAGUGAUUUAGGUCUGCCAUCAGAACA